AGGGCUACGUUAUCAAUUUCUUUCGUCUCAAUGCAGUUGCUCGCCGGAUAAAAAUCCACAAUUGUUUUCAAUUCUCAUUAUAAAAUUUCACAAAAUCGUGUUGAAAAAUCGCAAAAAUGGACGAAAACUUUGCGAACGACGACAUGUUUUCGCGCAGAAAUAGCCAAGAAAUGCAGCAUGAUCAAAACUUUCAAAUCGGCAACGCUCCCGAGAACCAAUUUACAGAGCAAAACCAUGAAAACAAUACAAACAAUCCCGGCAGCGGCGACAACUCUGUACCCAACAAUGUUCCCGAAACUCCUCAAAACAACAACUCGAAUAACGGAGACCAGCGACCCAGGGGACCGAAACUCACCAAAGGUCAAAUGAAGCGAUACAAAGUCUUGCUGGCAACUGGAAUGCCGGAAGAAGAAGCCCGACUAGCAGCAAAAGUUGUUCCAAUGGAACAACAACAACCGAUGGGGCAGCAAACUCGAUUCCAACCUCCAAAGAGACUUCAGCCUCAAAAUAAUCGCGGCAUAGGACCGAGACCUGGACCGAUGAAUCGCAAUCAAUAUGACCAUUCCACCUACAAGCAACGACGAGAAAUGACAUCUAUUCGAUCGUUAAUGGACAUCAACGCGCCACCACAUAACUUUACACCGAAUGCUCGCAUCAUAUAUGGCCAACAAAACUCCAAUCGCAUGGUUUUCGAGAGAAAUUUCGUCGAAAUCGCCGACGGACGAAAUCCAAAGCAGAUUCGUGUGGGUGUCUUGCCCCUCAAUUACCCCGUAGACCUCUUGACGAACGAAAAAAUGAAGGAAAUCGAAGAACAAAUACUCAAAAAAGUCGUUUUGCAGAAACAUUCGAUCGUCAAACCGGGUUUCCUGACGUGCAUCCACAAAAUUGGCUACAUGAUGUUCAUUUGUCGCGAUCGGCAAACCGUUAAUUGGCUAGGUAACUUGUACAAUUGGAAGUCGGAGAACUUGCAAGUGGUCGAUAUGAGCACCGUUGCCCUCACAAAUGUCAUGGAAGUCACAUUCCCCCUGAGCUCGGAGUUGUCCACGGGAACGGUGCUCGACAUGAUUGAAUCGCAAAACUACGAAAUCUUCACCGGCAAUUGGAAAGUCAUUUCCGAAGUUGUUCCCGGAACAGCACUGCAUUUAAUUAUCGCAAUGGACAAUGCCUCUCUCGAUGUCCUGGAACGAGAAAAAUUCAAGCUUUUUUACAGAUUCACCGUUGUCAAGUUCGAUCAUUGCUUGGGACUGGAAAAGGACAUUAUUGCAUCCCACAAGAGAUUUGCCGCAACAAAUAAUUUAGCGACAAACCCCACAUUGCUCAUGGGAGGCAGAGAAGCUUACGGGGCAGUAACACAAGCAGACACAGAUAUCGUGCAAAAUACUCCGUAUAACAGUGAAAUGUGCUUCAACAACCAACGGUAUUACAAUUAAAAUUUUGUUUUAAAAAUAAACAUUAAAAAAUUGACGAGAAUCUGA